AGAACACACAAGAACUUCAGAGACACAGAAAAGAAGCGUGAGUAUGAGUUCUCUUGGUGACUCCGUCGCAGCGCUAUGCUGUGCAUUGGUGGUGCUUGCAGGAAUAUCAGUUUCAUACGGUCAGUUAGAUCCUUCGUUUUACAAAAACUCAUGUCCUAAGGUGCAUGCCAUUGUACGAGAGGUUGUUCAUAAUGCUUCGAGAUCUGAUCCACGUAUUGGUGCCAGUCUCGUCAGGCUUCAUUUCCAUGACUGCUUCGUCCAAGGCUGUGAUGCAUCAAUAUUAUUGAACAAGACGGAUACGAUAGACAGCGAACAAGAUGCUUUUGCAAAUGUGAACUCAAUAAGAGGAUUGGAUGUUGUCAACAACAUUAAAUCUGCUGUUGAAGCUGCUUGCCCCGCCACCGUUUCUUGUGCUGAUAUUCUCGCCAUCGCUGCUGAAGUCUCUGUCGUUUUGGAUGAUGGAAAAGGGUGGAAAGUUCCAUUGGGACGAAGGGACAGCACGACAGCAAAUCGAACGCUGGCAAAUGAAAAUCUUCCUGGUCCAGGCUCCACUUUAGAUGAACUCAAAUCUGCUUUCGCUGUUCAGGGCCUCAAUACUACUGAUCUCGUUGCCCUCUCUGGAGCUCACACAUUUGGAAGAGCACAUUGCAGCACAUUUGAGGAUAGAUUAUACAAUUUCAGUAGCACAGGCCAACCCGAUCCCGAUCUCAACACGACGUACCUUCAAACCCUGCGAGUAAUAUGCCCUGAGGAUGGAGACGGUACCAACUUGACCAAUCUGGACCUGACCACACCUGAUACCUUCGACAAGAACUAUUACACCAAUCUUCAGGUUCACAAUGGCCUCCUUAACAGCGACCAGGUCUUGUUCUCCACUUCUGGUGCAGACACCAUCGCCAUUGUGAAUAGCUUUGCCAGCAACCAGUCCCUUUUCUUCGAUCAGUUCGCUGCCUCCAUGAUCAAGAUGGGUAAUAUUAGCCCCUUGACUGGUUCUCAAGGCCAAAUCCGAUCUCACUGUAACUUUGUGAACUCGGACUCUUCUCGCUUGAGUGCUGUCACUCCCACCAAAGUGUCUGAUGAUGAUGUUCUGGUCAGCUCAAUCUGAACAAGUUGACCAAUGGUUGAUUUCUCUGUGUAGGCGUGUGCGUGCUACAUGUACCCAUGACUGUGUGCUGUGUUUUGUGGUGAUAAUAACUUUUUAUCAUGCCACUGCUAAUAAUAAUAUUCGUGUUUCUCAUUA